AGCAAUUAUCUAGCUAUUGAGACUCAUUACGUUUUUUAAUGCGUUAGUAUAAUUUUGAGUAUUGCCAUGAUAACAACGCGAUUGAAAUUUGGGUUUAGAACUUAACUCACAUUAGUUCAACAUGUUCGAUUAAAUUUGAAAGUGAGGAGUUCGUAAUAUCUUGAAAUGUUUUGGAAUCAAUUUUCAUCAGAAAAGCUCGAAGAAUUAGAGGGGAUUAUUUUAUCAACUCUGCGAACGCCCUAUACAACAUUCCAUGUGCCGGUUGAGUUAAAAUCGGGUUCUGAAGAAAUAUGGACCAUAAGCCUGAAUUCGGAAUCGAAAAAAACACCUUUGGUUUUGAUUCAUGGCUUUGCAGCUGGAAUAGGGUUUUGGUGUCGAAAUCUGGAUGAAUUAUCGAAGGAUAGACCUGUUUACGCUAUAGAUCUGUUAGGUUUUGGACGAUCAUCAAGGCCUACUUUUAGUUAUGAUUAUAACGAAGUAGAAAAAGAAAUGGUGAAUAGUAUUGAAGUUUGGAGAAAAAAACUGAAUUUAGAGAAAUUCCAUUUAUUAGGUCACAGUAUGGGCGGAUUUAUAGGCACAGCUUAUACUUUAUGUUACCCGGAAAGAGUUUGCCAUCUGCUUCUUGCUGAUCCCUGGGGUUUCAGCGAUCAUUUGAAUGAAAAACCAUCAUUCUGGUCCAGUAUCAUCUUCUCACUUGUUCAUGUUAGACCCCUAGAAUUCGUAAGAGCUAUUGGACCUUUGGGGCCAUGGUUGAUUCAGAGAGGUAGAUCUGAUAUAGCAGCAAAAUUUGAGGACAUAAUAGAAGAUAAUUCUGUUUUUCCAAAUUAUGUUUAUCAUUGUAACGCACAGAAUCCAACAGGAGAAAGAGCGGCGUAUUCGAUGAUAUGGGGUUAUGGCUGGUCUAAAAACCCAAUGUUACUAAGAAUAGACAAAUUAAAAAAGGACAUUCCUUUGUCUUUAAUCUUUGGAUCUAAUACUUGGAUGGAUAUAUCUAUUGGUGAAAAAAUCAAAGAUUUGAGACCAGACUGUUCCGUUGAUAUUAAGAUAAUUGAUGAUACAGGACAUCACCUUUAUUCCGAAAAACCUGAUGUAUUCAAUGAUAUCGUCGUGACAGCAUGUCAUUUGCACGAUAAAACAAGCGAUGUUAAUGAAAACGAAAUCGGAGAGAAUUAUUCCUGAGCAACUAAUGGAGGAUGGAUUUUUAAAUUAUUCGACUGGGGAUGCCAAUGUACUUAAUGAUCGAAGUUUGCCGAUGGAGAGGAAUCAAUAUUAAAUAACUAUACAAACAAUAAACUAAAAUCUAUCUGAA